AUCUGUGAAACGAAUUAUAAAGUUGCUUUUCUACUAGACCUUGUUGGGACACCAAGGAGCCGGCGUCGGUUGCUUAACUUGGAUGCGGUACCUGACCUAGAGGGAGGCGAAAGGGUUGUUAGCGUGAUGUGACUCUGGUGACCUACACCGAGAAGCUGAAGGGUCUCUUAAGCUCUGCGGCCGGAAGCCAUCUGCUUCUGCGGUUUAUACAAUAGCAACUUUAUCAGGAGUUACUUUUCUGCGCGCUAGCGUAUGACAUUAAUUUGUCUUCCUGAUUCAUCAAAGGGAGUUUCCGUUGCAGUUGGUGAUGCAGUGGGCCUCUCCCAUUUCUUUUUUCUUUACAUCCAUUACAAUCAAGGGACGAUUUGCAAGAACAUCCUUUACCCCUGGAAAAUAAGGCAUCCAGGGCUAAAAGUCCCAAAAGAAAGAAGCUGGAAACAAGAUCUGGGGAUCUAAUUUUAAAUUUCACAUUAAUCAUUAAGUUAAACUGUAGACAAGUGCUGAAGUACAUUUUUCCUUCCAGUACUUUGACUCAGAUACCACUUCAUAUUAGACAAAUGUUUUAUAUUCUCUACUGAGUAUUUUGCAUUUUCAUAGGGCUGUCAUUUUCGGUUGUAAUAAUCGAUUGGCAUAGUGUCAAUGGAAAAUUUUUAAUAUUGAGUUUGCAGUGAGCAGACUUUUGGAAGGAAGAGUGCUGACAUCCAAUGGAUGCUCAAAGUAAUACAGAAGAGAAAUCUCCUUUCAAAAAAAAAAUGUACAGACAGUGGAAUGGAGAAUGAAUUAUUCCCUAAAAAAAAAAAAAAAAAAAAAAGCUACUGUGGGCUGGAUGUGGUAGCUUACCCCCGGAAUCCCAGCGCUUUUGGAUGCCAAAGUAGGAGGAUCCCUUGAGCCCAGAACUUCCAGACCAGCCUGGGCAACAUAGGGAGACCACCCUCUACAUAAAAAAUAAAAAUAAAGUUUUUAAGCUAACCUAGUGGCGUGAUGAGAUGCACCUACGGUCCCAGCUACUCCAGAAGCUGAGAAGGGCAAAUCGCUUGAGUCCAGGAGUUCGAGUUGGAGGUUAACACUGAACUGUGAUAGUACCAUUGCACGCCAGCCUGGGUGACAGAGAGCUUGUCUCUAAAACAAUAAAGAAGGCUACUGUGUUGUAGAGGAAAGAUCCCAGACUUUGCAAUUAUAAUGCCUUAUUGGAGGAACUGGAACGCUCCACUCUUCAGGACAGUGAUGAAUAUUCCAACCCAGCUCCUCUUCCCCUGGAUCAGCAUUCCAGAAAGGAGAGUAACCGUGAUGAGACUUCGGAGAUCCUUUCUGUUCAGGAUAACACAAGUCCCUUGCUGCGAAGCCCAAGAGCCGAAGAAAUCACCACCACCUUCUAAAACGUCAGCAGCUGCUCAGUUGGAUGAGCUCAUGGCUCACCUGACUGAGAUGCAGGCCAAGGUUGCAGUGAGAGCAGAUGCUGGCAGGAAGCACUUACCAGACAAGCAGGAUCACAAGGCCUCCCUGGACUCAAUGCUUGGGGGUCUGGAGCAGGAAUUGCAGGACCUUGGCAUUGCCACAGUGCCCAAGGGCCAUUGUGCAUCCUGCCAGAAACCGAUUGCUGGGAAGGUGAUCCAUGCUCUAGGGCAAUCAUGGCAUCCUGAGCAUUUUGUCUGUACUCAUUGCAAAGAAGAGAUUGGCUCCAGUCCCUUCUUUGAGCGGAGUGGCUUGGCCUACUGCCCCAACGACUACCACCAACUUUUUUCUCCACGCUGUGCUUACUGCGCUGCUCCCAUCCUGGAUAAAGUGCUGACAGCAAUGAACCAGACCUGGCACCCAGAGCACUUCUUCUGCUCUCACUGUGGAGAGGUGUUUGGUGCAGAAGGCUUUCAUGAGAAGGACAAGAAGCCAUAUUGCCGAAAGGAUUUCUUAGCCAUGUUCUCACCCAAGUGUGGUGGCUGCAAUCGCCCAGUGUUGGAAAACUACCUUUCAGCCAUGGACACUGUCUGGCACCCAGAGUGCUUUGUUUGUGGGGACUGCUUCACCAGUUUUUCUACUGGCUCCUUCUUUGAACUGGAUGGACGUCCAUUCUGUGAGCUCCAUUACCAUCACCGCCGGGGAACGCUCUGCCAUGGAUGUGGGCAGCCCAUCACUGGCCGUUGUAUCAGUGCCAUGGGGUACAAGUUCCAUCCUGAGCACUUUGUGUGUGCUUUCUGCCUGACACAGUUGUCGAAGGGCAUUUUCAGGGAGCAGAAUGACAAGACCUAUUGUCAACCUUGCUUCAAUAAGCUCUUCCCACUGUAAUGCCAACUGAUCCACAGCCUCUUCAGAUUCCUUAUAAAAUUUAAACCAAGACGGGAAAGGGUAGAUUUGCUGUUACUGACCUUCUGCUUAAUAGUCUUAUAGAAAAAGGAAAGGUGAUGAGCAAAUAAAGGAACUUCUAGACUUUACAUGACUAGGCUGAUAAUCUUAUUUUUUAGGCUUCUAUACAGUUAAUUCUAUAAAUUCUCUUUCUCCCUCUCUUCUCCAAUCAAGUACUUGGAGUUAGAUCUAGGUCCUUCUAUCUAGUCCCUCUACAGAUGUAUUUUCCACUUGCAUAAUUCAUUGCCAGCACUGGUUUUCUUAGGUUUCUCUGUUUUCAUCUCUAGUGAUGGCCCUACUCAUAUCUUCUCUAAUUUGGCCCUGAUACUUGUUUCUUUUCAAGUUUUCCCAUUUCCGUGUGGUUCACUGCCUUACAAUCACUGCUGUGAAAUCGUGAUACCACUCUUAGCUCUUUGCAUCUUCCUUCAGUGUAUUUUUGUUUUUCAAGAGGAAGUAGAUUUUAACUGGACAACUUUGAGUACUGACAUCAUUGAUAAAUAAACUGGCUUGCGGUUUCAAUAA